GCCUUUGGCAGGCACCUAUUGCUCACUGCCGAACAUUUAUGAUUCCAUUUCCAGCGUCUCAAGCCCACCUCUAACUCUGGAAAUUCUGCGAAGAAUUUAAAAAGUGAUUGGAGGCAUUGUUUGUAAUGUUGCCGUGCCGAGCGCAUUUUUGAACUCGAGGAAUUAUCAGAGAAACUUUUGCCAUGUCUCUACUUUGUGUAAGAGUAAAGAAAGCCAAACUCCAAGGAUCUCCAGGUAAGUUCAAUAGCUAUGUGACGCUGAAGGUGCAGAAUGUCAAGAGCACCUCCAUUACCGUGCGAGGGGACCAGCCAUGCUGGGAGCAGGACUUCAUGUUUGAGAUCAACUGUUUGGACCUGGGCCUCAUUGUGGAGGUGUGGAACAAAGGCCUUAUCUGGGACACCAUGCUGGGGACUGCCUGGAUCCCCCUCAAGAGCAUCCGCCAGUCAGAGGAGGAGGGCUCAGGGGACUGGACCUUCCUGGAUGCUGAGGUUUUGAUGAAGGCUGAUGAGAUCUACGGCACCAAGAACCCAACACACCACCAGGUUCUUCUGGACUCUCACUUUGAGCUGCCCUUUGACAUCCCAGAUGACGAGGCGCAGUACUGGACCGGCAAGCUGGAUUGCAUCAACACUGUGAGGAUCUAUGAUGAGGAUGAGGUCCAGAGACGCCUCAUGCCUCCCGCUGCCUCCCAAUGCUCCCUGGAUGACCAUGACAGUGCAGUGGACGACCGGGACAGUGACUACCGCAGUGAGACCAGCAACAGCUUGCCCCCGCGCUACCAUACUACGGCCCAGCCCAACUCCUCCAUGCACCAGUACCCCAUGGGCCCCCAGCUCCAGAACCACUUGGACUCCUGCACAGACUCCAUGCACAGCUUUGACAUGGACUACAGAGACCACCGCGGGAGCAGUCCGGUAGAAAGUAGUCGCUUUGGGUCCUCUGGGAACCUGAGCCAGACCAGCUCCCAGAUUAGUGAGACAGGCCAGGAGAGUGCUCCAGGCUCAGGGCUGGAAGAGUCCUUACACUCCUAUCACAGUACCGGCUUCCACCACUCCAUCAAUGUCCAGCAACCUACCAAUGGACACAUCCCCAGCAAUGUUUUGGGGAAGAAGUUGGGCAGACCCUGCCUGGAUGUGGGGACAAGCUUAAAUGGCUCGUUGAAGAAAUUAGACCCCUCAGUAGAGAAAAGAUGCAACAAACAUUUGCAAAGAAUACACUGGUUGAAGGCCAUCAACAAAGUCAGGAAUCAGCUUCAGGAGGGACAAGAUGAUGAACCCAACUCCAGACAAGCUUGGAUCAAGCCAGGCGGUGGAAGUGGUUUGUUUGGGAUUGACAGCAUGCCAGACCUUCGUAAGAGGAAGCCUAUACCCCUGGUCAGCGACGUGGCUAUGUCACUGGUCCAGGCCAGGAAGGCUGGAAUCACCUCUUCCAUGGCCGCACGCUCCUCCGUCAAAGACGAGGAGCUGAAGAACCACGUUUAUAAGAAGACCUUACAGGCUCUGAUUUACCCCAUCUCCUGCACCACGCCCCAUAACUUUGAGGUGUGGACGGCCACGACACCCACCUACUGCUAUGAGUGUGAGGGGCUGCUGUGGGGCAUCGCCCGCCAGGGAAUGAGGUGCUCCGAAUGCGGGGUCAAGUGUCACGAGAAGUGCCAGGAGCUACUGAAUGCUGACUGCCUGCAGCGUGCUGCGGAGAAGAGCUCAAAGCAUGGGGCUGAGGAUCGUACCCAGAACAUCAUCAUGGCCAUGAAGGACCGCAUGAAGAUCAGGGAGAGGAACAAGCCGGAGAUCUUUGACGUGAUCCGGGAUGUGUUUGUCGUCAGCAAGGCGAUCCACGCUCAGCAGAUGAAGACCAUCAAACAGAGUGUACUGGACGGAACCUCCAAGUGGUCGGCCAAGAUCACCAUCACAGUGCUGUGUGCCCAGGGACUGCAGGCCAAAGAUAAGACUGGUUCCAGCGACCCCUAUGUCACGGUCCAGGUGGGCAAGACCAAGAAGAGGACCAAGACCAUCUACGGUAACCUCAACCCUGUCUGGGAGGAGAACUUCCACUUCGAGUGUCAUAACUCCUCGGACCGUAUCAAGGUGCGUGUGUGGGACGAGGACGAUGACAUCAAGUCCCGGGUGAAACAGCGUCUGAAGAGGGAGUCCGAUGACUUCUUGGGUCAGAGCAUCAUCGAGGUCCGCACGCUCAGCGGAGAGAUGGACGUCUGGUACAACCUGGAGAAGAGGACAGACAAGUCAGCCGUGUCUGGGGCCAUCCGUCUCCAGAUCAGCGUGGAGAUCAAGGGAGAGGAGAAAGUAGCUCCCUACCACGUACAAUACACCUGUCUACACGAGAACCUGUUCCACCACUCAACAGACAUUCUGGGCCAGGGGAUAGUAAGGAUCCCCGAUGCUAAAGGAGACGAUGCCUGGAAGGUGUACUUUGACGAGGUGUCACAGGAGAUAGUGGAUGAGUUCGCCAUGCGCUACGGGAUCGAGUCCAUCUACCAGGCCAUGACAAACUUUGCCUGCCUCUCCUCUAAGUACAUGUGUCCUGGUGUUCCCGCUGUGAUGAGCACCCUGCUCGCCAACAUCAAUGCCUUCUACGCCCACACUACCGCUUCCACCAACGUCUCCGCCUCUGACCGCUUUUCCGCCUCCAACUUUGGAAAAGAGCGCUUUGUCAAGCUCUUGGAUCAACUCCACAACUCCUUACGCAUUGACCUCUCCACAUACAGGAACAACUUUCCUGCGAGCAGUAAGGACCGUCUCCUAGACCUCAAGUCCACUGUAGACCUCCUGACGAGCAUCACCUUCUUCCGGAUGAAGGUCCAGGAACUGCAGAGUCCCCCCAGAGCCAGUCAGGUGGUGAGGGACUGUGUCAAGGCCUGUCUCAACUCCACCUACGACUACAUCUUCAACAACUGCCAGGAGCUGUACAGCCGCCAGUACCAGCUGCUGGACACACACAAAGAGGAUCUUCCCCUGGAGGAGCAGGGCCCCAGCAUCAAGAACCUGGACUUCUGGCCCAAACUGAUCACCCUCAUCGUCUCCAUCGUAGAGGAGGACAGGAACUCCUAUACACCCGUCCUCAGCCAGUUCCCUCAGGAGCUGAAUGUGGGGAAGGUGUGUGCUGAGGUCAUGUGGAUGCUGUUUUCCCAGGACAUGAAGUAUGCCAUGGAGGAGCAUGAGAAACACCGGCUGUGUAAGAGUGCUGACUACAUGAACCUGCACUUCAAGGUCAAGUGGCUGUACAACGAGUAUGUGAAAGACCUGCCAAACUUCAAUAGCGUUGUCCCCGACUACCCAUCGUGGUUCUUACAGUUUGUGCUGCAGUGGCUGGAUGAGAAUGAGUACGUUUCCAUGGAGUUCAUGCACGGAGCUCUGGAGAGAGACAAGAAAGAUGGAUUCCAGCAGACAUCUGAGCAUGCUCUUUUCUCCUGCUCGGUGGUGGACGUAUUCACCCAGCUCAACCAGAGCUUUGAGAUCAUCAAGAAACUGGACUGUCCUGACCCCAAGGUCAUGGCUCACUACAGCCGACGAUUCGCCAAGACUAUUGCCAAAGUUCUUCUGCAGUACAGUGCCAUUCUGACCAAGAGCUUCCCCUCCUACUCUGACAAAGAGAAGAUUACGUGUGUACUGAUGAAUAAUGUGCAGCAGUUGCGGAUCCAGCUGGAGAAGAUGUUUGAGUCCAUGGGUGCCAAACGGCUGGACACAGACGCUAGUGACCUCCUAAACGAGCUUCAGGUCAAGCUGAACAAUGUGCUGGAUGAGCUGAGUACCACAUUUGGAAACAGUUUCCAGGUCCAUAUUGAUGACUGUAUGAGACAGAUGGCCUCUCUGCUCUAUCAGAUCAAGGGCCCAGUCAACGCCAACAGCCACAACAUGGUGGAGGCCGACUCCGACAACAUGUUGAGGCCACUCAUGGACUUCUUGGAUUCAAAGUUGACGCUGUUUGCCUCGGCGUGUGAGAAGACUGUUCUGAAGCGGGUUCUGAAGGAGCUGUGGAGGAUUGUGAUGAGCAGCCUGGAGAAGACCAUUGUCCUUCCGCAAGGAAAUGGCACCUUUGGGGCUCAGAUCUUGUCUGCAGCCAAGGAACUGGGACAGCUCUCCAAGCUCAAGGAUCACAUGGCAGGAGAGGCCAAAAGCCUGACACCUAAACAGUGUGCUGUCAUCGAUAUAGCACUGGACACGAUCAAGCAAUACUUCCAUGCUGGAGGAAACGGUCUGAAGAAGGCUUUCCUGGAGAAGAGUUCUGAGUUGACCUCACUACGCCACGCUCUGUCCCUCUACACACAGACCACAGACACACUCAUCAAGACCUUCGUCACAACACAACACGCACAAGGCUCAGGAGUGGACAAGCCAGUUGGAGAGAUAUCCAUACAGAUUGACCUAUUCACCCAUCCUGGGACUGGGGAGCACAAAGUCACUGUCAAAGUGGUGGGAGCCAAUGAUCUGAAGUGGCAGACGUCUGGGAUGUUCCGGCCCUUCGUGGAGAUCACCAUGAUCGGACCCAACCUCAGUGACAAGAAGCGCAAGUUCCAAACCAAGUCCAAGAACAACAGCUGGGCGCCCAAGUUCAACGAGACCUUCCACUUUGUCCUGGGCAACGAGGAUGGCUUUGAGUGCUACGAACUUCAGAUGUGUGUGAAGGACUACUGCUUUGGUCGUGCUGACCGGGUGGUGGGCAUGGCUGUGAUGCAGCUGAGGGACGUGGCAGAGAAAGGCAGCGUGGCGUGCUGGUGCCCUCUGGGCCAAAGUGUCACCAUGGAUGAGACAGGCCUCACCGCCAUGCGCAUCCUCUCCCAGCGUUCAAACGACGAGGUGGCCAAGGAGUUCGUCAAACUCAAGUCUGAGAUGCGUUCUGCGGAGGAGGGCAGAUGAAGUCUCCCUAAAGGAGGGGAGGAGUGUGAAGGGCCUCUAGUAAAGACAAGUGGAGAGGGAUGGGAGAAUCUUUGUCACAGAAGGAAAGCCGCUCGACUUUGGACUAAUAAUGUUUCCUGGCUUCUACUGGCUGUUGGUUGGUUCACCAACAUACGGUCACUAUUUAUCACACUCACCUUAUGAAUCUCUCACUCACUAUAUCAUUCACACACAUAGUUUCUCUUUCACUAAGUGAUUAUUACACACACUCACACGAUACUGUACUUCCUGUGGGUCUGCCAGUCUUGCACUAUGGACAUGCCAUGGGCAUUAUGUGCCAGUCACCUACCUGCCAGCCUGUAUGUACUUCAGUAUAGGGUCUCCCCCUCAUCCCACAAAUGUUUGUCAUGUGCAAUACCCCCCCCCCAACUGUGGCCGUACGUUUGAUGCCUUACACUUUGGAAGCUGUGAAUGUGUGAAGUUUAGACUAUAACAUUUAGUUUAAAAUUGUUUAUUUAUCUUCCUCAAUUUCACUUUAGUGUUCUUCAGGAUCCGUGUUAAAGUCUCAUUGAUGCUACUUUAAGGGUCCAAACACGGGAUGUCUUGUUAAUGUUGGUGCAUCGGUCAAGGUAGAUUCACCUGGUUUCUAUCCUUUUGACUUCUACCACAUGUCAAGUACCCUGCUCCUAAAUAUAGUGUACAAAUACAUUGGUUUCUGCUGUAGAAAAGGAAAGUGUUGGUUUUUUUUGUAUUGAAAGUGGUGCCUUGUGGUGUUUCUGAAGUGAUUUUACAUUUGAGUCAUCCACCUAUUUUCUGACUUGAGGUACUGUAAUGCCAACAGCACUCAAUGUAAAGGGGUUGUGUGUGCCCUGCCAGGAAUUGGGCUCUCAUUCCUGACCCAUUAAUCCCGUAAGUGUACAGUGUUGACAAUGCACUUUGAAUUAGUAUUUUCUAUAAUGCUUUUGAGUCUAAAUUCAAUCAAAUUGAUUUAUAAAGCCCUUCUUACAUCAGCUGAUGUCACAAAGUGCUGUACAGAAACCCGGCCUAAAACCCCAAACCACAAGCAAUGUAGGUGUAGGAGCACGGUGGCUUGGAAAAACUCCCUAGAAAGGCCAGAACCUAGGAAGAAACCUAGAGGAACCAGGCUAUGAGGGGUGGCCAGUCCUCUUCUGGCUGUGCUGGGUGGAGAUAAAUUGACAUCAACAUCGUCAACCCAAGGGCUGCCUUCAAUAGAGAGAGAAACUUCCAUUAAGGAUAGAUGGAAAUAUGAGCAUGUUUAAUCGCUUAUUACAGUACAUCAAAGUGCAGUGGUGUAUGGAGGGCCGUGUCUUAAACUUUGUAUUCACUAGGAAAUAACCCUGGCGAAGACAUUUAAAACAUGCUUUACAAACAUUUGGCUAAUCUUGCCAACCCUCUGUGACACAGCCAUUUUAUUUAUCGUUUUUUUAAAUGUAUUUAUUCCAGAUGACGAAUGGGGUCUACUAUUACAAACAAAGGGGGCUACUAGAUAGCAUUUGAGUAUUGUUUGCAGUGGUUGUUUUGAAUGGCUUUGUGCUGCAGUACCCUACAGAUACUAACUGGACCUAGAGGAUAUUUUGGGACCAGAGGAGUUUAAACAGUUUUUGUCUCCGUUGAAGAAAAACAUUAUUUUCCAGCUAUGUUUCCUUGUAUCUCUGAGUGGCCUUGCUACUGUGAUGAUAAUGGAAGCUGUCUAUUUAAUACCUGUUUUACCCCUUAUUUUCUGUGUAUUUCUUUUGUUGAACAACAAUGGAGGAUUGGUCAAUUUGCCCGAAAUCAACUGUAUUUAAUCAUUUUGAAGGAUUUAUAUUUGUUUAAUAUUUGUUGAGUUGUAGUUAUUCUCUUAGUCUUUUUUAAAGUUGACAUUGAAAAUGUGUGUAAACCUUUUUUUGGAAACAUGGAAUGAUGGUGGAGCUGUGCAGUACUGUAUCAAUUCGCUUAAGGUGUGAUGCAUGCCAGUCAACUUCCUCAUAGAAAUGAGGAGAGAAAAAAAAAUCACACUCAUACUGAAAAUAUUUUUGUAUUUGUCAAGUAACACUGCCAUUGUCCAUACAAUUAUAGUCUGUUUGUUGAAUAGGAAACCACUGCAAAAUCACACACUGCAGAAGUUAUAUCUGGGCUUUAUAUACAACGUGAAGUCCUACAUCUUUUGGGUUGUUGAUUUAGGGGAAAAUGUCUACCUUUAAGGAGGGCACUGCCACUCUUAUCAUUACAUGCUCCUUGUGCCAAGCUGUCCCCAAGUGUUCACUUUUUAUCACUUCAUUCUGUUUUUAAUACAUAGUUUUUUAAACUUGUGAACUUUUGCACUACUAUUAAAUCACUGCAAUAGUUAGCACGUAUAGUAUAUAAGUCAAAGUACUAUUGUGAAGUUUUAUUUGUAUUAUUGCUACUGGAUAACAUUUGGUAUUGAUCAUUUACAAUGUCUACAUUCCAAUUUAUCAAUUUUGUAUAAAGUAUUUAAGAAAUAUCUGUUGAUGUGUCUGACAAAUUUAGUGUGUUUUCCUUUACAAAAAACAUGAUUCUCAAUCUCCAGAUGUGAUAGUUAUUUCAUGAGUUUUUACAUGACGUGUUUUUUUCCUGCUGUUUUUUUGCGAGUAAUAUUUUGUUUGAUAAUCAGCAUUAUUUCAUAUUGCAGCUAUGUUAUUUGUAAGAGGUAAAAUACAAACCAUUGC